AUGGAUUGCAUCCCUUGGAGUGAAGUGAUACGCACUUGCACCGCGGGUAGUCCUCCUCCACAGCCAGGACCACCAAACCUCGUCAAGGCAGAUGUACACUCAAUUGAAUUGAUCUGGCAACCACCUUGUAUUCCAGACACUCCUUCUGGAUGCUAUGAGUUUGGCUCGACGUCAUAUUAUGAUGGUCUGUCACCUAGCCAAGGAGGGGCCACAUUUCUUGGACCGAUGCCUCUGACAUACAUUUUGGAGACCGAGGAUGAGGCGAUGGGCCAUGGCUUCGUCACGGUUUUCACGGGCUGUGCAUGCAAGCACCGCGUAACCAAUCUGCGCCGAAACACUCGUUACCGGUUCAGAUUAGCUGCUGCUUCUGCUGACGGGCAGAGUCGAUGGAGUGAUGUCAUCAUUUUGUCCACUCUCCCUGAUGUCUCAUCUAGCCCACAGAACCUGAGAGCGCAAGUCGAAUCUUCUGUGUAUGCCUAUCACCUCCAAUUUAUUGUGCAUAAUUUCGGCUUCUCUUUUCCACUAAUGCAGCUGCGUGGUAAGCCACGUCCAAAUCGUGUAACAUUGACAUGGUCCCCACCCGAAGACGACGGUGGACUGCCAAUUUCUGAGUACCGUCUGGAAGCUCUAUUGCCUAUCACUUUAACGCUCUCUCCAUCUACUCCACGUACCGCCCAGUCCACUAGUAAUUCCGCCUUACUACAGACCUGUUUAGACCAACCAGUGAACGUGCGCAAUGAUACUUUUCCUCAGAAAUCAGCUGAUAAAAUGCCAGGGCCAAGCCAGACCUCUAUGUCCUCGAUCACUCCCGCUACAUCGACCCAUGGAUUAUCUGAAAUCGGAAUUCUCCAUAUCACGGCUCAAAUUGCCUGUCCUGUACCCUUAGUCAUUCCUGUACCAAUCACCGCUCCUAUUCGUUUCGCCUGUCAUCCUGGUCUUUCUAUUCCUUCUGACUCAGUUGGGGACGCCGACAAUUCCAUCUGUAUUGACGCAAGCAGACCUACCUCUGCAUCUCCCUUGCUUACGAGUGGCUUGCCAGUCUGGCAUAAAAUCGCCCCGAGCCAAUUGGGACCUGCGUCCACUCAUCCAGUAAUGCCUAAGCCAGUGGUAAUGAGGCUUAACAAAGACUUUCCAAAGGAAUCCAAUCUUAGUAACGGUUGUAAUAUGAAAGUCAGCCUGAGUCCUCGUGUUCACAGAGCAACUUCGAAACUAGUCUCUCAAGGUGCUGAGCGUCGUUUGGUAGCAGCUAAUGUUUGGGGUACUAAUUGCAUAUCUGAAUCUGCUGCCGAGAGUAUCUUGACGGAAGAAGAAGAGGGAGAGGACGAAGAGGAGGAAAAGGAGGGGAAGGAGGAGGAGGAAGAAGAAGAUGAUGAUGAAGAAGAAGAAGAAGAGGAAGAGGAACUAGAUGACGUUGAUCAGUUAGAGGAAGAUGAAACAAGCAAGGAAAAGGAAAAU